AUGGCGAAACCUCAGCCUUCCUGGGGUCUCCAUGGCCCUGACGCGCCUCCCUCUCCGCGCACUAUGCGCACGCUGCGCAAGAUCCAGUCCCACCAGGUUCUGUCGAGCUCCGGGGCCGUAAACACCGCAACCGCGACCACUCAACCGUCUCAGCCACCAAGUUUUGCCCUUAAUUCCGGAGGUUCAUCCACCAGUGCUGCGAUGCGAGCCCGCGCACAACGACGACCACGGGCGAACAGCGAUGCCGCCGCGCGCGAGACAGCGGCGUCCCCAGCCCCGACACAGCGACGGCCAGCACGGAAAACCGGUUCGGGGGUGGGCCUUAAGCGAUCGAUGCUCGAGAGCCUUCUUCGCGAUGGGCCCCAGAAUGGAAAGACCGCCGAGUCCCUGCAGGAGCUGAAAUACCUUGUCCUGUCGUGUCGCGUGGAUGCCGACGGCGAUGGCAUGUCACCAUACCGAAUAUACCUUUGGCUCGUCCUGUUAGAUAUCCCUCCUCUCUCCACCGACGACUACCUCGCCCUCAUCCACCGGGGAGGCUCCCCAGCCUAUACAAAGAUCCGCAACGACACAUUCCGCACAUUGGCCACGGACCCGCUGUUCAAACGCCGUGUCACGGAAGCAAGUCUAAUUCGGCUGCUCAAUGCCGUAGCGUGGAAACUGCACGACAGCAAGCCCAAGCCCCGAUCGCGGCCUUCUUCGUCUCGCAGGCGCGAAAUGGAGAUGUUGGUCAAUACGCCACCGAGUAUUGCAGAAGAGCCGACAAUCGGCGAGGGGUCUUCGGUCAGUGACUCGGCUAUCUAUGUUCAGGGCAUGAAUGUCCUCUGCGCGCCGUUCCUGUAUGCCGCCCGCAGCGAGGUGGAGGCGUUCGCUCUAUUCCACUACUUUGUUACUCGUCAAUGUCCUGGAUACAUUCGCGGUGCUAUGGAUGGCGUGCACAAAGGCCUUCGUCUGGUCGAUCGGUGCCUGGAGAUUGUCGAACCGAAGCUGGCGGCAUACCUCUUCUCCAAAGGCAUGCAUGCCGAACUCUACGCUUUUCCCUCGGUGUUGACGCUGUGUGCCAGCACGCCGCCAUUGCCUGAGGUGUUGCACCUUUGGGACUUCCUUUUUGCCUACGGGCCACAUUUGAAUAUUCUGUGCAUCGUCGCUCAGCUUAUUCGUAUGCGAGACACCCUUCUCGAAAGCCCGAGUCCUAACAAAAUACUCCGAUCUUUCCCUCCUCUCGAUGCCAAGGAGAUCAUUGCAUUGACGGUACUGCUAGUUCAGAAGAUUCCAGAGGAUCUCUAUGCGGAGAUGGUCAGCCACGCCAAAUAA